CUUUUGAACCAUUCCCCAAGCUUUCUGUAGCUCUGUGAACCAUUCUCUAAGCUUUCUGUACCUCUGAAAGAGCAACAGAAAAAAAAUUCAAAAAUAAGGCAAAAGAUUAAAAAGAAAAGCUAAGAAACGUGAAUGCAUACCUUCCGUAUUAAAGCAACAGUUCUUUACGAUAUAUUUUGACAUCUACUUGCAUUUUUUCUUCAUUUUUAGUUUACUUUUUGGAAGAGCGCGAUAGAAAUGACCCUUCGUUAACGGCGCUUUCCAAGUUCUGCCAAAAGAACCCCCAGCAGCGCUACGUCACUGAACUUUGGGCGGGAGAUGCAAUAUCGACUUCUGAUUGGCUACUAUUAGUGAUGACGUUGGAAUCGUGGCCACAUGUCAUAAAUGUCGGCUUCUGAUUGGCUAGAUCAGCACCUGCCUCGUCCCUCGUCGCUUCAGUUUCGAGCAGAGAUCAGUGGGAGGACAAUGGGGUUACAUGAGGGCAAUGGGGGUUAUAUGAGCCCACACGAAGGGGAGAUCAGUGGGAGAACAAUGGGGUUAUAUAUGAGUGCAAUGGGGUUAUAUGAGCCUACGCGAAGGGCUGGUGGCCCUCAUAGUAUGGUUGAAUAAAAAAGCAGUCGAAUUGAUUUCAAACUAAACUUUUUAAAGGUUUUUCCACUUUAAAUAUGUAGUUCUAAACGAAUAUUCAAAUGUCUGUUGGUUUUCCAAAAUUUAGUUGACAAACUAUGAUUUGGAAGCCAUAUUAAAUAUGAAUGUAAUGAGUUGCAGGGAAGCCAUAAAGUGCCACUUGCGAAAGGAAUGGCGCCCUAGCAGUAGGGCCGAUUUUUCUCAUGUAAAACAUGCAGUGAAAAUUUAUUCUAUUGUUAAAGUCACGGACAGGCAACUUUCCUAAAACAUUGCUGUUGGUUAGUUGGGCAAAAAUACAAUACACACGUGACGGUGAAGGGCCAUAUUUAUGAAUAAACGUUGACCAACAUAGAUAAUGAGUUAUAUAUUGUUAUUCCAAUGAGUUUCAUAGCCAUCUACCCUUUGAUAGGCUAUGCUCUAACCCUAACCAAAAUAAUAAAAUAAAAAUCCAAAAAGAAUCAACUUUAGAAAUGUAUCAAAUGAUGUAACGUCAAUUUGAUGGUUGAUGACACCGUUCCACUGAAUUGUUAAUAUUAACUGGAUUGCUGUAGUGGUUCACACAACAAUGUUCGGCUCACGUUCGGAUAGUUUCGAAACUUUUAGUUUGGGUGUCGGAAGGAUUCGGAUUUCCAGCGAGCUCUAUAUGUGACUGGAUUGGCCAUCUUCCCAGCCUGCAUGGCAGGCUAAAUUGCCCGUAUCUGAGAACCACCUAUUCGUAUUAACAUGAAGUAACUAGAGGUAUGCGAUAAUCUGUGGGCUCGUGUUAUUCUCAAAUUCAACAUGGCGAUGGCGUGCUCAUGAAACGAUUUGAAUUUCAAAACUCCAUUUUCUUGUUUUUGGAGAGAAAUUGUCCCUUCUUUAUGAUAUUUUAAAGCUGAUUGGAAGACAAGGUAUUGUCCUGUACAUAUUGUAGUUAUUUAUAUACUGUUUAUUGGCUAGAAUCGUGCGAAUAAUUGCUGGGAGAUUGUGUUUUGAAAAUGGUCAAUUUUUAAUUUAUAAAUUGUUAUUUUCUUUUAUAUUAUUUUGAUCACUCCCGUUCACAGAAUCACGUGCCAGUAUAGUUUUGUGAUUCUAACCAGUUCAUGUGGAUAAUUUGUCUUGUGUUUAGACUAUUUAAGAAAGAUCCUUCUCAAGUAUUAAAAUCAUGCUAUUGUGUUGUUCAACUUUCAGAUAUCUGUAUAAAACAUGCCAAGGCCAAAGAAAACUGAGGAACCAAGCGAACCAGAUCCCAAGUAUGCUGACUGGAUCCUUGCGGCAAUUGGGAAAGUCCGUCAUCAGAAACAACGCCCCAACGAGGAACGUAUAACGCACAUACUCAAGAUAACGUAUGGCGUUGAUACGGCAACCGUUGUAGAACAGUUAGAUCUUUGUGUUAAAGCUGGUCGUAUCAUUCGUGGGGAUUUUAAAGGGAAGUCGUCGUAUAAAGAUCCUUCUGUUCUAACGCCUGGAACCGGUAAAUCACCCCGGAUGCCAUCAGACCUCAAUAAGUGCAUCAAGAAAGCAAUCAAAAGUGAAGGUACUAUACUACCAUACUAAGUACUGUAGGUGGUAGUACAGUACUGUACUACCAUACUGUACUGUACUGUACUACCGAUUAAGGAUGAACGGCUACAGGUAAAACAUUGUUUAUUCUCAUGACAAACUUCAAUGUUUUUACCGUCAAUGUUCAAUGUUUGUGAUGGUUUUAAUAGACCUUUCCCCUUAUGAGUGAAAUUUUGAUCUAGAUAUGCCUGGACCAAAAUUUCACACGUCACAGCUUGAAAGAGCAUCACAAAAUUAGUAAUAUUCCGAAGUUUAGUUGCGAAAUGUUGUAAAAUGCGGAUAAUACAGCAGCCUUGCGAAGUUUGCCGUUUUUCAGUAAUUUUGCAUUACAAAUGGGAAAUUGGUAAUCAGAUGAUCAAACUGAUUAUCAAUUUCCCAUUUGUAAUACAAAAUGACUGAAAAACGGCAAACUUCGCAAGGCUAUAAUGUAUUAUCCGCAUUUUACAACAUUUUGCAAUAAAACUAAGGAAUGUUACUAAUUUUGUGAUGCUGUUUCAAGCUGUGAUGAAAUUUUUGUCCAGACUUGUCUAGAUCAAAAUUUCACUCAAAAGGGGAAAGGUCUAUUCAAUCAGCUGGGAGCUGGUUGAACAUGAUUGGCUGAUCAGAUUAUGAGAUUAAAACAUGUCACAUGCUCUUAACAAACAUUGAACUUUCUCAGUAAAAACAUCGGACUUUGAGCAACUGUUCAUCCUUAGUUGCAAGUGACGGUAUAUGAUCUUGAAAAAAACUGGUGCUGUGCACCAGGAAUUAUCUAUAUUUCUGAGAUUGAUUGUUGAGAAAAUACGCACUUUACAAAUUAUAUACAUUGCACAUCAAUACAUGUUGCAUUUUAACGCAAUAUGUUAAACUAACGUGUGAAGCGUGCCAUUUAUUAAUGGUUUUAACAAUCUUUGGUUGCUCCAGUAACAUGUCAUGUUGGAAAUUAUCAUAAAAAAAUUGACAUGAAUGAUGUCACCUUUACUCGGUCGACUGAUAUUAUGACGUCAUUAUAAAAUCGGUAUCGGUUAGAUUGUGGCAUGAUUAAUCGGUAAUCGGUAAUUUCCGAUUCAAUUGGUCAAUCACUACUUUUUGAAACUCGCUAAUAGCGUCAACAUAAAUUAAUCAAAGUCAGUGGCGGACACUAGUUUGAAAGACUGUAAAAAUCUUGUACCAAAUAACACAAAUCACACUCGUAUAGUUUCUGUACAUGUCACAACAUAUGCAUUUUAUACACUCUUUUUGACAGAUACUAGGGGGUUAACUUUUUGCAACAGGCACAAUUUCUUUUUACAUUGUCAUUGGCGUGUUAAUUAAAUUAAACCACCUUGCAAUUCCAUUCACAAAUGUCAAUAAUCAUAUAAAUAUUUUCUCUGAAAUGUUGGUUUUCUAUGCUUAGCAUGUGAUUUAUAACAAAACGCACCAUUAAAACAGUGUUUUGAAACCCUAGUUUUUUACAAAAUGUGUUCUCAGAAUGCUGCAAAUGCCAUUUCCAGGAUUCAAAUUUUAAAAUUUUCCCAUGCCUUUGGCAUGAGCCCUCCCAAUAUUUCGUAAAGUGUCCGCUACUGAUCUAACUUUACUUAAAUACUAGCCUGCGAACAGGCUCUCAAACUGAAUUGAGAGCCUGCAUCGAUAACAAAUGAAUUUGAAUAUCUGCCGCGUAACGUUUGUUUUUCCAAAUAUGGAGUGUCUAUCCUUAUAUGGUGUUGUUUACAACUUUCGUGCAAACUAAAUUUAGACCGUACAGUUUUCGAAAUAUAAGAUUUAAAAUAUAAGACUGUUUCGAAAUAUAAGACUGUUUUCUCAAAUCAGAACAUUUCGUGCUUUGAGAUAAGAUGGGCAAAACCAAUUUGAUCAUUUAAUGUGUUUUUUAUGCAUUUAAGUGCUGCAGUUGACAUAUAUAGAGCUCAGCGGAAACAUAUAAAUUAUAGCAUCUGACCAAUGAGAAUUUCACAUGACAAUUUGAGACGCAGAUAUUCGAAUUCAUUAGUCAUCGAUGCAGGCUCUCAAUUCAGCUUGACAGCCUGUUCGCAGGCUACUUAAAUACCUAUCAUCAAUUAAUUCAAUAUUUACUAUUCAUAAAAGGCGAUGAAGGUGCAACGACAUCGUGCAUAGAAAAAUACCUAAAGGAAAACUUUCCAGAAAAGAUCGAAGCUGUCACAGACCUCACGAUGGCCAUCAGGUAUGCCAUCCAGCGAGGCAUCAGUAGCGGACGCUUUGUGAAGGAAGGUCGCUAUGUGAAACUCUCGGACAAGUACCAGGCAAGAGACGCCGAGAAGUCCGCAACCAAGGAGCCCAAACCCAGCGUACAGAGGGAAAUAUUCAAGGAGAGGGGAAAGGUUUUUUAUUUAAUGUUUCUUCAAUUUUCUUUCGACUUGCAAAGCUUUAGAACGAUGAUUUAUUAACCCAAUAAGCUGCAGAGCUUCCUCAUUGACGAGUAAAAUUGUCUGGCGUAAGACAAGUAAAAAAAUAAGUAGGGCACAUGGUGGCUCAAUGGGUUAACUAGCGACAUUGUCCGAUUUUUUGGUUAUAACCAAUUAAGCUGCAGAGCUUCCCCAUUGAUGAGUAAAAUCGUCCGGUGUUAUACAAGCAAAAAUAAAAAAGUAGGGCGCAUUGCAGUUCAAUGGGUUAACCCUUCAAGUGGCAAUGCGCCCUACUUUAUUAUUUUACUUUGUCUAACACCAGGCAAUUUUACUCAUCAGGGGGAAAGUUCUGCCAACUCAAUGGAUUAGUCAAAUUAUCUGCCCAUUCACCCUAUUAAACCUUUAAGUGGCAAUGCACCCAGAUGCACCCUACUUUAUUAUUUUGCUCUGUCUAAUGCCAGAUGAUUUUACUUGUCAGGGAGAGAGUGCUGCCGCUCAAUGGGUUAACCCAUCAAAAACCAGCACUUGCCCCUUGACAGUUAAUUUAAAAUUUUCUGGCAUUAGACAGAGUAAAAGCUUCACUGUCUGUUGGUUAAUCAGUUGGUCAUUCAGUCAUUUUUUAUUUUCACAAUUUCAUUUUAAAUAGCCAGCACCUCCGCCACCAGCCCCAUCAAAGAAACCCAAGGCACAACCCAGUCCUCUGUGUGGAUUUUGUUUGGGCACGGCCGAGAAGAACCGAGAUGGCGUUCCCGAAGUUCUCAUUUCAUGUGCCGACUGUGGGAAUAGCGGUAAGGUGGACACAAUAGGGCCAUUUAUACUGGACAAAAUAAGUCGCGACUUACAUAAGACGCGUCUUAUAUAAGCGGAGUUAUCGUAUAAAUGGUUCUCUAUGGCUCUAGUCUUAUUUACUUGCUAUAGCUAUAAUAUUGCCUUAGUUGUUUUUGUUUUAAUAUGCAAGGCUAAUAAUUUUACGUUGUUUCAAGUUUCCGGCAUGUGUAGACUUUUUAUCCAAAAUGUCUUAUUUAAGACGCGACUUAAAUAUUAAGAACAGUUAAAAAUCCUGUUCUUAUUUAAGUCUAGUCUUAUCCAAAACGCGUCUCACCCAAGAAUUUUGUACCUUUUAUACGACAAACUUGUGUCUUAUUUAAGUCGCGUCUUAUGUAAGUCGCAACUUAUUUUGUCCGGUAUAAAUGGCCCUAUUAUCUUCUAAUAUAAUCAGGGUCUGAAAUUUGCAGUAUCCCGAUAUACCACCGGAUACCAAAAAUUUGGCUUUGGAUACCAAACUCUGAAUGACCUAAAAAAUUUCAAACAUGAAAAUGUUAAACACCUUUGACGGGCUCCUGAUAGCUUUUGAAUACUAUCAGUUUGCCAGCAGUCUCUCCUCAUUGAGGACCAGCGUAUAGAAGUUUGUUGAAGGAUUAUGUGCAUUUUAGUGUAUUAACCCAUUAAGCCGCAAAGCGCCCCAGUGCACCCUAUACUUAUUUUAUUUACUUGUCUAAUGCCCAGGGCUGCAAAUAAAUAUUUGACUUGACAGGACAUUUGUCCGAUCACUUUUAAUUUUGGUCGGACAUAACUUGAAUUUGGUCGGACAAAAACCAACAUGACAAAAUUCAGUAGGACAUAUAUAUAUAUAUAUAUAUAUAUAUAUAUAUAUAUAUAUAUAUAUAUAUAUAUAUAUAUAUAUAUAUAUAUAUAUAUAUAUAUAUAUAUAUAUAUAUAUAUAUAUAUAUAUAUAUAUAUAUAUAUAUAUAUAUAUAUAUAUACUAUAUAUAUAUAUAUAUAUAUAUAUAUAUAUAUAUAUAUAUAUAUAUAUAUAUAUAUAUAUAUAUAUAUAUAUAUAUAUAUAUAUAUAUAAUAUAUAUAAUAUAUAUAAUAUAUAUAAUAUAUAUAUAUAUAUAUAUAUAAUAUAUAUAUAUAUAUAUAUAUAUAUAUAUAUAUAUAUAUAUAUAUAUAUAUAUAUAUAUAUAUAUAUAUAUAUAUAUAUAUAUAUAUAUAUAUAUAUAUAAAUAUAUAUAUAUAUAUAUAUAUAUAUAUAUAUAAAAUAUAUAUAUAUAUAAAAUAUAUAUAUAUAUAUAUAUAUAUAAGUCACAAGACAACUGGCGCAACGUUAAGUAAAAUUAAAUGCUAGAACGCCUCGUAAAUUUUAUUGCAAAAUGCAAAUUGAGUGAAUUUGCAAUCGGAUUUUGUCACAGCAAAAAAAUGUAUAAUGGUUAAUGUGACAAUUUUUUUUUGUGAUCGGACCAAUGUCCGAUCAAAAUUACUUUUGCUCGGACAUUUGCCAAAUUUGGUCGGACAUUGUCCGAUGUCCGACAGUAAUUUGCGGCCCUGAAUGCCAGACAAUUUUACUUGUCAAUGGGAAAGCUCUGCAGCUUAAUGGGUUAAUGACUUGUUUAGUUGUUGACUGUUGAGUCUUCUGUUGUUACCAGUAUUCAGAAGUGGGAUACCGGAUUCUCAGGGGGAUACUAAACUUUGAUUCCUGGUAUCUCGGUUGGAUGUACUGAGAAAAAAUAUAAAUUUCAGACCUUGAAUUAUAAUAUUUGCACUCAGAUUGCUACAAAGAAUUCAAGUUUUAUUGUCAUUCAUUCAGGUCACCCAACAUGCCUGAAGUAUUCACCGGAGCUAACGGAAAAGGUCCAGGCAGAGCGAUGGCAAUGUAUCGAGUGUAAAGUCUGUUCUGUUUGUAUGUCUGCAGGCAAUGCGGUAUGUUCACUGUGAACUCAUUCUGAAUCACGUUGAAACUUGCGACAAUAUUCUGUACUAUUACUGAAAUGUUGUUUUGCUUUGCAGGACAAUCUUUUAUUCUGUGACGCGUGUGACAAGGGAUUUCAUAUGGAAUGUCUUCGACCACCAAUGACGGAUAUGCCUUCAGGUAGACUAAAGAUAAUAUCUGUUUUGCACUCACCAUGUCCAGAUAUCUUUUUCAGGUACUGUAGUUCAGGUGCAGACCAACACAGGUUAUUGUAGAAUACUACCUGCAAGUGCCUGAAGGUAAAAAAUUUCAAGAACUCAGUUUUCAAAUGCCAAAACUCCGUUUUCAAAUGCCAAAACUCAGUUUUCAAAUGCCAAAACUCCGUUUUCAAAUCCCAUAACUCAGUUUUCAAAUGCCAGAACUCAGUUUUCAAAUGCCAGAACUCCGUUUUCAAAGGCCAGAACUCCCUUUUCAAAUGCCAGAACUCCCUUUUCAAAUGCCAGAACUCCCUUUUCAAAUGCCAGAACUCCCUAUUCAAAUGGCAAAACUCCCUUUUCAAAAGCCAGAACUUCGUUUUCAAAUGCCAAAACUGCGUUUUCAAAUGCCAAAAUUCCGUUUUCAAAUGCCAAAAUUCCGUUUUCAAAUGCCAGAACUCCCUUUUUAAAUGCCAAAACUACGUUUUCAAAUGCCAGAACUCCCUUUUCAAAUGCCAGAACUCCCUUUUCAAAUGCCAAAACUACGUUUUCAAAAGCCAGAACUACAUUUUCAAAAGCCAGAACUCCCUUUUCAAAUGCCAGAACUCCCUUUUCAAAUGCCAGAACUCCCUUUUCAAAUGCCAGAACUCCCUUUUCAAAUGCCAGAACUCCGUUUUCAAAAGCCAGAACUCCCUUUUCAAAUGCCAAAACUACGUUUUCAAAAGCCAGAACUCCCUUUUCAAAUGCCAGAACUCCCUUUUCAAAUGCCAGAACUCCCUUUUCAAAUGCCAGAACUCCCUUUUCAAAUGGCAAAACUCCCUUUUCAAAAGCCAGAACUCCCUUUUCAAAUGCCAAAACUCCGUUUUCAAAUGGCAAAACUCCGUUUUCAAAAGCCAGAACUCCCUUUUCAAAUGGCAAAACUCUUUUUUCAAAUGCCAUAACUCAGUUUUCAAAUGCCAUAACUCCGUUUUCAAAAGCCAGAACUCAGUUUUCAAAUGCCAUAACUCCGUUUUCAAAUGCCAUAACUCCGUUUUCAAAUGCCAGAACUACGUUUUCAAAUGCCAGAACUACGUUUUCAAAUGCCAGAACUACGUUUUCAAAUUCCAGAACUCCGUUUUCAAAUGGCAGAACUCCGUUUUCAGAUGCCAGAACUCCGUUUUCAAAUGGCAGAACUCCCUUUUCAAAUGCCAGUACUUCCUUUUCAAAUGGCAAAACUCCCUUUUCAAAUGCCAAAACUACGUUUUCAAAUGCUAAAACUACGUUUUCAAAUUCCAGAACUCUCUCUUCAAAUGCCAGAACUUCGUUUUCAAAUGCCAAAACGCCGUUUUCAAAAACCAGAACUCCCUUUUCAAAUGCCAGAACUUCCUUUUCAAAUGGCAAAACUCCGUUUUCAAAUGCCAAAACUACGUUUUCAAAAGCCAGAACUCCGUUUUCAAAUGCCAGAACUCCGUUUUCGAAUGCCAAAACUACCUUUUCAAAUGCCAGAACUCCGUUUUCAAAUGCCAGAGCUUCGUUUUUAAAAGCCAGAACUCAGUUUUCAUGAAACUUUUCGACUAAUUGGGUUUGAGCAAAUUAGUGGACACUCAAUUUUGACAAUAUGAAACAAAACUCAGAUUAUUGUAGAAUACUACCUACACUGGACCACCACGUUUGAGAUAUCUUUUUCAGGUAGUUCAGACACAAACCACGACAGCUUAUUGUAGAAUACUACCUAUACACUGACCAACCACGUUUGAGAUAUCUUUUUCAGGUAGUUCAGACGCAAACCACGACAGCUUAUUGUAGAAUACUCAUAGAGAUUAUAAAUAACACUAGAGGAGGCAUCGAGUACACCAAUGGGAACACGAAUACACAUCCGGGACUUGAAUUUGCCCCCCAAUAGUCGCGUUCCCUUUUUUUUACUGAAUUAAGAUUACAAUGCCUCCUCUAGUGUUAUUUAUAAUCUCUAUGAGAAUACUACCCACACUGGACCACCACGUUUGAGAUAUCUAUUUCAGGUAGUUCAGACACAAACCACGACAGCUUAUUGUAGAAUGCUACCUACACUGGACCACCACCUUUUGAGAUAUUGUUUUUCAGGUAGUUCAGACACAAACCACGACAGCUUAUUGUAAUACUACCUACACUGGACCACCACGUUUGAGAUAUCUUUUUCAGGUAGUUCAGACACAAGCCAUGCAUGUCAGUUUAAUAUCCUAUAUCUUGUGUUGUUUCAAGGUUCAUGGAUAUGUUUUAUGUGUACUUCGAAACCCUCACCAAAGAAAAGGAAGGCAAUCAUCACAACACCACCGCGGAGGAAAAUACAACACACGCCAAACGAUUCCAAAGAGUAUGUUGAUGCACUACCCUUGAUAAAGAUAGCGAAUGAACAAUCAGUAUUUAUUCAUUGUUUUUCAUUAUUUUUAUUUUAUUCGUGUUUCCGAUUUUUUAUCGUUUGCUAGACUUGGUGUUUGUCCGACCGAAGGAUGUGAUGGUAGUGGUCAUUCCUCUGGAAAAUAUACAACUCAUCGCAGGUAACUUGUCUGUAUUGCUUGUCUGUUUGUCUGUUUGUCUCCGCGUCUGCCUAUAAACUGUACCACGUCUGUGGUAUACAGUAUAUAUUAGAGACUUUACGAUUUUAGAACGGCAACGCGACGAAGACGGCCAAAAAACUCCUUCAAAUAAAUGGUAUUAAAGAUAAUUUGUCGUAUAUUAUCAAUCGUAUGAAUUUAAUACAUACAGUCUUAGAAGUUGAAGACAUGUGUUUUAUGUUUGGGAAGAGUUCUCCUGAACCCAGUUUGAAGUUGCACUUGUUGCGGCUUGAAAUGCAGCCGUUGUAUCAAGACGUGAAAAUCUGUGAUUUGGCGUUGUAAACAGAGCGAGGACAAUGUCUAAAUUAUUCAUAUAUUGUAUUUUUUUCAAUUCUUUUCAAUGAUUUAUUGUAUUGGUAGCCGAGGCCGUCGCGUUGCCGUCCUAAAUCGUAAGGUCUCUAUUCUGAAGCAAGCCGCCGUGUUUUAAACGUGGAGGUCCUAUUGUGGUUUGCAAAGGUGGGUCGACUACAAAAUUUCUGUAGUUCGUUAUAACUACAGCUACUUCAAAAAUAUGUAGUCAGCUACAACUACUGCUACUUUUGAACAAAGGUAGUUCGCUACUGACUACAGCUACUGCUUAAAAAAUGUAGCCAACUAUUUCGCUAUUUCGCUGCGCCAUAUUUUGUAGUUUUACUGUAUUUAGAGCACCUACUAACUCAGGCUGAAAUGUAAUCUAUAACAAAUCGACUUACGAGUAGCAACAAUAAACACAAAGCAACAUUUUUGUAAGCACUACAGUGUUCAGGAGUGCAAAUUGACUAUUGAGUAUUGAUUUUAAGCAAACCGUGUCUCAAUAUCAUGCUAUUCUAUCAAGUUGCUAACAAUUUUGAAAAGUAGCGAAUAGCGAUUCGCUGUUUGAAAAGUAGUCAACUACUUGGCUACUUUUAGGCAUACUAUGUUUUAGGCAAAAUGUAGUUCGCUAUAACUACAGCUAAAGUGGUCAAAAACUACUGGCUACUUGAAAAUUGUAGUUCGCUACAGUAGCGAACUACAACUACUUCGCUACUACCCACCCUUGACUAGUUUGUGACUGAACUACCUGAAAAAGUUGGAAAAUACUUUUCUCUUCUGUUUUUUACUCCUGCAGCUUGUACGGUUGUCCAAUUGCUCAAUCUUUGAAAAAGAGACAUCAGAUCGCAGAGCUCUCGCUGUCACCGGAGAAAGUGAAAGAAACGACAGAUGUUACACCAAAAAGAAGAGGCAAGGUCGGUCGACCUCGUUCGUCACCAAAAUCACCCACACACAAACGACCACCAUUACCACCAGGUGAGUGUUGAACUUAACUGAGGACUAUCUAUAUCAAACCCGGUGUUACAGCUGAUAGUGCCCUCAUAGUCCAGUCAAUCUGUGACCAGAGGUCAAAGAAAUUGCAAUAGAAUUUUUCUCAGUGGUAAAAUGUGAGGGAAGGUGUCCCGAUUAACAUACUAAAAAUCCCAAAAAAUCCCUUCGGUGGAACAUGGCGAAAAUCAAGUUUUUCUUACUUCUACCUAUAGAAAACCAUUGUGGACAGAAUGUUCAAAUUUUGAAAUAAUUUUUAGGCAAAUGUAACAUACGAUAUUUGUGGUGUUACUCUGAGUGUAUAUCCACACCGGGCGAGCUUGAAAAAUAUGCCCGGCCACGGUGGGAUUCGAACCUACGAACCUAGGUUCGAAUCCCACCGUGGGCGGGCAUAUUUUUCAAGCUCGCCCGGUGUGGAUAUACACUCAGAGUAACACCACAAAUAUCAUAUUCACCUGAGUACACUACACCAACACAGAAAAAAUUCAAAUGUAACAUACAUUAUUGGAAAGCUUAAACAAAACUAUAUUAAGGUCAAUUAAGCGGUUAUUUUCAAUUUACUGAAUUUGGUCUGUUUGUCGUUAUUCUAGCUGAAAGUUGGAAAAAUAGCGCAAAAUUUGCACAAAAUACAAAUUUAUGACAUUUUAAAUCUUGUAUAACUUCGGCUGGAUAGGCAAAAGCAAGGUAACUGUUUAAUGAUCUAUAUUUUAGUUUUUUUCUAAGCUUUCCAAUGAUGCAGGUUUAUUUGCAAAAAAAUAAUUUCAAAAUUUCAACAUUUUGUCCGCAAUGGUUUUCUAUAGGUAGAAGUAAGAAAAACUUGAUUUUCACCAUGUUCCACCGAAGGGAUUUUUUAGGAUUUUUAAUAUGUUAAUCAGAACAACUUUUGCGAUUACUUUGAUCAGGACCAUGCAUGUACUUAUAGUGAUUUGACUGGACCAUCACUGCCCUGUUUGAUUUCACAUAACGUAAAAUUCAGAAAGGACUAACUUAGAUUUUGAUAUGUAGCACUUGAAUUUACAUGCAAUAAUGAGCGAGACACAACCAAAAUAAAAUAUUUAUUAUUUAACAAGUAUAACUACGUCGGUAAUUGGUUGUUUUAUGCUAAUUUUUUGUAUUUUCAAAAACACUAGUUCAACGUUCAAACAUCAAUGGCGCAGUCAAUAUUGCGUGUAAAUUCAAGUGUUAUACAGGGUGUAUCAAAAAAAGCGCAAUCCUCGACUGAAAUGUAAAUUGCUAAACAAAUAAUAGACGAAAACGUUAAAGUUUACAUUCAUUUUAAAGCGUAGCCAUCCCGCUUUCUAACAGUGGGUUGUUUCUUAAAUUUGACUCAUUGGUUCGCGGGUAAUAAUACUUUACGUUCUUGCGAUUGGAGAUUAAAAAAAUUGAGAUGGAAUAACUAAACGUUCUCAUGAAAAUAACUGAUUUUUUCAUUAAAACAAAAAAAUGUUGCAUUUUAUUAAAUGGAUUGUAACAAUAAGUAUAAUUACGGCUUUUCUUCCACUAUUUUUAACUCAGUUUGAAACUUCAAAUGCGAUAUAAUUUUGGCUUGGACCAUCUAGCUGACUGACAUCAACUUGCUAUAAUUUCUGUUUACAUUACAUCGCAAUUCGAUGACACUCUGGCUCAGACACCAGAAUGUUUUGACGAUUUUUAGCAUUCAUUUAGGAUUUUCAAACAACCUGGUCUCUUUUAAAAUACUUUUAAUUUGUUCUUAAUUUUACGUGGUUUUCCAGAUGUAGUGACGACAACAUUAAAGUUUAAAGAAGAAAAUUCUAACAUUUAGCCUAAACCGACUAAACAAUAACAUGGUAAACUUGCAUAAUUAAACAGCAACUAAAAAUGAUAUGUUUUACUAAAUCUUUUCCUGUGCAAUUAUUACUAGCAUUGGAGACAAGGAUAAUAGUUUGUUUGAAAGAGAAAAGAACAGGCUUUGAAGUAAGCCUAAAAGCGUUUAACUAGAAAUAGUAUUUCGAAAGUUAUUAAGCACAAAAGAUGAAUUGCGUUUAUUUUGAUACACCCUGUAUAUCAAAUCUAAGUUUGUCCUUUCUGAAUACAAUGAUCUUUAUUUCAUUGCAAUAGCUUUUCUAGCUUUUACGUUUCAUGAAAUCAAACAGUGUCACCUGGGACACCCGGUACAUUUGAUGCUAGUUUUAACACACAAUCAGCUUACGUCAGUAAGCAAUGUCAGGGGUUUUUUCAGGGAUUUUUUAGGGCCGUAAAACGGCCCCCAAAACUCAAUCUUGAAUUGAGUUUUGAAACUCAAUCUUCUCAUCAAAAGAUUUUGUGCAGUAAAAUGAAGUUGUUUGAGUUAAAUUCAUGACGUGUGCAAAUUAGUUUUCAGUUGAAAACCCGAAAAUUAAGUAAAAAAUGGCUGGAAUUCAUUUCACAUCACAAGAAAAACAACACAUUUGCCGUCUUAAACCAGUUUAUAGUGUCCCUUCGUGCCCCUGCUUUAACACAUUGCAUCUCAAAUACAUUAAAGUGGGCACAGGUUUCAACCUCCCGGUAGGGGGGGGGGGGAGACAGCCACCCCAGACUUCAGCUGUUCAGCUAAACUCAAUCUUCUCUGCAAAAACGGACCCAAGAGAAAAUCCUGGGGAAAAAACCUGAAUGUAUUUUUAAUAAUAAAUCUAUCCAUCUAUCGCCUAUGUAAUCACAGAUUCAUUUCCCUCAGGUGUGACGGAAGAAGAUUAUCUGUUAUUCAAGAAAGCGCAAGAAAACGCAAGCAGCGAAAUGGGUGUUCAACCUGACGCUGAUCCAGGAUCCAAUUCACGCUCACCACCGUUCAUUCAGUUCGGACCUUAUGAGAUCACCACGUGGUAUUCGUCACCAUACCCCCAGGAAUAUGCGCAGUAAGUACGACCCACAAUCUAUAUAUUAUAUCUGAAAUAAUCCUGAGCCUCCAGCCCUCCACAUGGCAUAUACUGUAUAUGUGAUAUUUGGAAAGACGAUACAAUUAAAACACGUCUUUAUUUUAGACUUCCCAAACUUUAUCUUUGUGAAUUCUGCCUCAAGUACAUGAAGAGCAUUAGCAUAUUACAGCGACAUAAGGUACAGUAUGACCUUCUGCAUUGAGAACUAACUUUAUUAUUUAUACUGGAUAGCUCUAUCAGUUCUAAACUGUUCUUCCUACAGGUCCAGUAAGGAUCAUCUCUUAUUGAUCCAGUGUUACUACAGGAGGAAACCUAAACUAAACUAACUUUAUUUAUACUGGAUUACUCUAUCAGUUCUGAACUGUUCUUCCUACAGGUCCAGUAAGGAUCAUCUCUUAUUGAUCCAGUGUUAGCACAGGAGAAAACCUUAACUAAACUAACUUUAUUUAUACUGGAUAGCUCUAUCAGUUCUAAACUGUUCUUCCUACAGGUCCAGUAAGGAUCAUCUCUUAUUGAUCCAGUGUUAGCACAGGAGGAAACCUAAACUAACUUUAUUUAUAUAAUAACUAUAGUGAAACACGCAAUUUGAUUGGUCAAUAGCCGUGCAGGAUCAGGCUAUCCUGCACGAGGAAUUAAAACGCCUUCGCGGGAUUUUCGCGGGAUUCUCUCAAAAUAUCAUUGUUUCACUGUAGUUAUUUUAUAAAACAAUUACCAAAUGGUUUUCCAAGCAUGAUAGCGUGAUCCAUGCACUUGGGAUAUUGCUCGACUUUCGGAAAGCGUAAAAUACACUCGCCUGCGGCUCGAGUAUUUUUACGCUUUCCGAAAGUCUCGCGACAUCUCUCGUGCAUGGAUCACGCAAUCCUGCACGGAAAACCAUUCGGUAUUCCUUUAUUAUACUGGAUUGCACUAUCCUAAACUGUUCUUCCUAAAAGUCCAGUAAAAGUCAUCUCUUAUUGAUCCAGUGUUAGCGCAGGCGGAAACCUAAACUGAACUAACUUUAUUUAUACUGGAUGACUCUAUCAGUUCCAAACUGUUUUUCAUAGAGGUCCAGUAAGAGUCAUCUCUUAUUGAUCCAGUGUUAUCACAGGCGAAAACUUGAGCACCAGAAGAAAGUCUGCAGCGUUUGAUAGAGCCGUUUGUUUUAUUCAUGUUAUUUUGACAUUUCAGACCAAGUGUGGAUGGUUCCAUCCCCCUGCUAACGAGAUUUAUCGCCAUGAUGAUAUUUCUGUGUUUGAGGUUGACGGAGCAGUGAACAAGGUAAGAAAAGGCCUGGGUACGUAACAUCCUAAUGUAAUGAAACAUGUUGACAGGGUGGGUUAGGCACAUAGGAUAGGUCUGGAGGCAGAUCAUUAAUGAGGUAUGGACUAAUAGCGGCAGCUGCUCAAGCGCCAUUUGUAAGCUCAAAGUCUACCUCGGUCUGCUUCACGUCAGUCCGGUUCUAUCUAUCUAUUCAUAAUGUAACCAGUCACUGAAAAGCCCUGUUAGGGAGUGUGCUGUGAAAUAUCUGUAUCUGUAUCUGCAUGUACAAUUGGCUAAUCUUUGAAUGUGAAGGAUUCAUUAUUCCUUCAUGUCUAGCAUUCAGCCUAGAUCAUACAUCGAGCUGUGUUUGGUUAGUUGAUCUGAUUCCAGUGAAGAUCUAACUCUAGGAUACAGCCACAUUUAUUAUCGAUGGAAAUAUAUUUUAUUAAAAUAUAUCGUUAUACUAGAUAGCUCUUUCAGUUCUAAACUGUUCUCCCUAGAGGGCCAGUAAGGGGUCAUCUCGAAUUGAGCCAGUAUUACUACAGGACGAAACCUAAACUAAACUAACUUUAUUUAUACUGGAUAGCUCUAUCAGUUCUAAACUGUUCUUCCUAGAGGUCCAGUAAGGGUCAUCUCUCAUUGAUCCAGUGUUACUACAGCAGGAAAUCUAAACUAAACUAACUUUAUUUAUACUGGAUAGCUCUAUCAUUUCUAAACUGUUCUUCCUAGAGGUUCAGUAAGAAUCAUCUCUUAUUGAUCCAGUGUUACUACAGGAGGAAACCUAAACUAAACUAACUUUAUUUAUACUGGAUAGCUCUAUCAGUUCUAAACAGUUCUCCCUAGAGGGCCUGUAAGGGUCAUCUCGAAUUGAGCCAGUAUUACUACAGGAGGAAACCUAAACUAAACUAACUUUAUUUAUACUGGAUAGCUCUAUCAUGCAGUUCUAGACCGUUCUCGCUAGAGAUCCAGUAAGUAUCAUUUCUUAUUGAUCCAGUGUUACUACAGGAAGAAACCUAAACUAAACUAACUUUAUUUAUACUGGAUAGCCCUAUUAAUUCUAAACUGUUCUCCCUAGAGGUCCAGUAAGGAUCGUCUCUUAUUGACUCAGUGUUACUACAGGAGGAAAUCUAAACUAAACUGAACUAAACUAAACUAACUUAAUUUAAAGUAUACAUAGCUCUAUCAGUUCUCUUGGUGGUGAAAUUUCAUAUGUUCUCACAAUGUUUUGUAUUUAUCAUUUCUUUUGUAAAGAUUUACUGCCAAAACCUGUGUCUGUUGGCCAAAUUAUUCCUGGAUCACAAAACUCUUUAUUAUGACGUCGAGCCGUUCUUAUUCUAUGUGUUGACAUUAAACGACAGAAAAGGUUGUCAUCUUGUUGGCUAUUUUUCUAAGGUAAGAAAAUAUUAAAUUAUCAACUAAUUCUAUUGAUACUGGGUGGCUUCUGUUCUCCCAAGAGGUUCUGUAAUACCUUGAUCCAAUGAACUGCAACUACAUCAGGAUACCUUUACCAAACUAACUUUUAAACUGCAUAUAGCUCUAUCAGUUUUUAAUUGCUCUCCUUUGAGGUCCAGUAAGGAUCAUCUCUUAUUGAUCCAAUAUUACUACAGGAGGAAACCUAAACUAACUUUAUUUAUACUGAUUAAUUCUCUCAGUUCUAAAUGCAUUGAAAUCUUAAUUGUCUAGCAUUAUAAGGUAUUUACACUGAAUGAUCCUUUCUUAAACCAGGAAAAAGCUUGCCAACAGAAGUACAAUCUGUCUUGUAUCAUGACGAUGCCUCACUACCAAAGACAAGGAUACGGAAGACUGUUGAUAGAUUUCAGUAAGUAACCUGUAAACCAAUAUAUCUACAAUCGUGGACAAAACUGUUAAUAAAACUAAUUAAUAUCAUAAUGAAAUUGCAUUAACCAAAUUGUAUUCCACAUUCUGCCCCCCUUUCCCCCAUUCAAUGUUGGAUUCGCCAUCCCCACACUAUAGACCCAUUACUGCAACAUUGUUCCGGGGGGAGAGGGGGCCUAUGUGGCAUGAUGCGCAUGUAUUAACGAAUAUUGAACAAAAAUGUACAUAACUGCGAGUUUUAUUAACAGGUUUUGUCCACGAUUGUAUCUACUGUAUCUAUGCUUUGAGCCAGUCAGAGAUAGCGGACGUCAAGUCUAAACCUCCGUUAAUGAUUUAAGACUAGAAGUUACUUUCGCAAGGAACGUUCUGUCUCACCCCCAAGGGAUCAAAGGCUGCAUGCACAAUUUGCUGAAGAAGGGGCUGUUCAUAUGAUUCCGCUUUGCCAGGACGAAAUAUGAGGCGGGACGAUUUCGAUGUAUUGCAGUCAGUCAUGGUGCACAAUUCAGUAAAAAAAUUUAUUAUUUUACAAGGUUCCUUGACUGUUUUUUAAGGAAUUUUAUUUCAUUUUUUCUAGGCUAUUUGUUAUCAAGGAUUGAAGGUCAGUCGGGCUCACCCGAGAAACCUCUGUCAGACCUAGGGUUACUCACAUAUCGCAGUUAUUGGAAAAGUGUAAUCAUGGAAUAUUUCAGUAAACAUAAAGAUUCGCAAGUAACUAUUAGAGGUAUGGUACAGUUAUAGUACUGUACUUUAAGUAAUAUUUCAAAUUCAACUAUGAGAACUGGACUAGAUUUCAAGUCCGCACAAUUUGAUUACAAUUUGAUUUGAAUGAAAAUCCAGUCAGAAUUGGAGGAUUUGAAAUGACAUCUUGUAUGAAUACAUCACUGGUUAAAGUGAGGCGUAAUUUUGACCCAGUCCUAUAAAGACUGGAUCAAUAUACUUUACCGUACCAGGUAUCCAGUAAAAUAAAGUAAUAUGGUUGGCUAAUUUUCUCAUGAGUUAUUAAUGAGUUUGAGAUCAAUAUGUACUGUAUUGUUGAUGUUAAAAAUCAACUGAACAUUCUCGCAUGAAGUUUGUGAUGGCAUCCAUUUUUCGCAUGAAGUUUGUGAUGGUAUCCAUUUCUCGCAUGAAGUUUGUGAUGGCAUCCAUUUCUCGCAUGAAGUUUGUGAUGGCAUCAUUUCUCGCAUGAAGUUUGUGAUGGCAUCAUUUCUCGCAUGAAGUUUGUGAUGGCAUCCAUUUUUCGCAUGAAGUUUGUGAUGGCAUCCAUUUCUCGCAUGAAGUUUGUGAUGGUAUCCAUUUCUCGCAUGAAGUUUGUGAUGGUAUCCAUUUCUCGCAUGAAGUUUGUGAUGGCAUCCAUUUCUCGCAUGAAAUUUGUGAUGGUAUCCAUUGCUCGCCUGAAAUUUGUGAUGGCAUCCAUUUCUCGCAUGAAAUUUGUGAUGGCAUCCAUUUCUCGCAUGAAAUUUGUGAUGGCAUCCAUUGCUCGCAUGAAGUUUGUGAUGGCAUCCAUUUCUCGCAUGAAAUUUGUGAUGGUAUCCAUUGCUCGCAUGAAAUUUGUGAUGGCAUCCAUUUCUCGCAUGAAAUUUGUGAUGGCAUCCAUAUCUCAUUGUCUCUGUAGAUGUAUGCAAAGCCACUGGGAUGGACCCACACGACAUAGCGGCCACACUACAAGUCCUGAAUAUGGUGGUCAAGAAGGACGACAAGUAAGCUUUAUUUUACAAUUGAUUUCACGAACCGUUUGCCAAAAAUUUCGUAGUUUCCCGUUUUGCUACAAAAGUUGAUCAUUAAGUUAGCACGCAAUUUCAAAACGUGAAUAUGAAUUUCACCAUGCAUCGAGUUCUAGAAACAAACUCUUUUAUUGGCUAAACAGCUAGUGACAAACAUUAGUUAGCUUAAUACAAGGCUGUUUGUGAAAUGUGAAAUUCAUAGUACACCAGCUUGGCCAAACAAACUUCUCGACAAACUUGCCAACUUUGCAGCGACAGUCAAGAUUUCCAAUCAAUCUUCAGCAACAAACUCUUUUAUUGGCUAAACAGCUAGUGACAAACAUUACUUAGCUUACAAGGUUGUUUGUGAAUUUCAUAGUACACCAGCUUGGCCAAACAAACUUCUCGACAAACUUGCCAACUUUGCAGCGACAUUCAAGACUGCCAAACAAUCUUCAGAAAGAAAUUUGUCGCCAAAGUUUCGUGUGGUCAGCUGUUUAAAACGUACACUAACUUUCUUUCUAGUGGAAAGCUCUAUCAGUUCUAAACCAGGCCUCGAAUUUCCCUGAAAUCAAUCGACGGCAAUGGCGUUAAAAAUUGCUGUAGAAGGUAACAGAGCUGUCUACGGCAAUUUUGGCAGUUUCCACGGCAUUUUUUCAAAUAUACUGUAAUGAAAAUCUAAUUUUAUUGUUACUUUGGAUUGUUGACAAGCUAGAAACAUGUUUACGUAUUUCUUUAAUGUGUUUUUUUUUUCGAAGAAAACUGAAACUAAAAUAGUGGUUUACGCAUGAUUUGAUCAACAUCUGAAUUCAAGUAUCAAAAUAGUAAUGCACAGUGAAUAGUAUAAAAAUUACACUAUACGGCAAAAAAUUGCCGCGAUAAAAUCCACGGCAUUUUGUUCUCCCUCUACGGCAAUUGCCGCGAUAAAAUUCAAGCCCUGUUCUAAACUGUUCUCUUCUCCGCAGGAUAUUCAUAUGCCUCAAUCGUAAGUAUAUCAACGAGUUCACGGAAAAGUUAAUUUCUCAGAAACGCUUGGCCCUUGAUCCGGAGCGACUCCGUUGGACUCCCCUGGUUCAUGCGACCGCCGUCGUCGCGGAACAAACUUCCGAGAAAGAACAGCAGGACAAAAAACGUAAACAAUCUGAGGGGGAAGAAACCGUAGAGGUCGAUGUCAUCGGGGACCAAAAACCCGAUGGUGAUUCUCCCGGUAGGGUGGAAACCCGCGGUGGGGCCAAACCUCCGGCAGUGGUAAAAAAUGGCAGAAGUAGUAGCGAAGACGAGGAGGUCGUGCGACCAAGGAAACGAUCUCGAAAAGCGAUUGAUGAAAGCGAGUCGGAGAAGGCAUCGGACGACGAAGACAAGCCGAUGGAUGUCGAAGAUGAACCCGAAGGUGAAACGAAAGAUGGCGAGGUUGAACCGGAAGUGAAUGGUUUGCUGGAAGUCGCAGUAUCGCCGGAAGUUGAAGAUUUGCCGGAAGUUGAAGAUUUGCCGGAAGUUGAAGAUUUGCCGGAAGUUGAAGAUUUGCCGGAAGUUGAAGAUUUGCCGCAGAUCGAAGGGAGUGAUCGAGUGGAGACUGGGGCUGACGGGAAGAGUCGAAGUAGUUCCGUUUCUCUCCGAAGUAACGCGAGCGAUGACGAAUCCUCGUCGGACGAAAGCGAUGAUUCAUCUAGCACUUCAUCGUCAUCAUCUUCCGAUUCCUCGUCGAGCAGUGACGAAGGUGACGCGAAGUCCGCCGAGCGGAAGAAAAGUCCGCUAUUUGAUACGUUCCGAAAGGCAAGUUUACUGAACCUAAACUAAACUAACUUUAUUUAUACUGGAUAGCUCUACAGUUCUAAACUGUUUUAGGUCCAGUAAGGAUAGUUUGUUAUUGAUCCAGUGUUACCACAGGAGGAAACCUAAACUAAACUAACUUUAUUUUUACUGGAUUAUAACUCUAUCAGUUCUAAACUGUUCUCCCUAGAGGUCCACUAAGGUUCAUCUCUUAUUGAUCCAGUGUUACUACAGGAGGAAACCUAAACUAGACUAACCUUAACUUACUAAACUAACGUUAUUCGUAUUAUACUAUCUAGCCAAUCAAACCCACGACAGAUCCAGUGCUGACCGGAGUUAAAGACGCACCCUCGGAACUUGGUAUCCCGGCGGAAAAUAUCCAGGAAGAAGCAACCGGGGUGUUUGGCCUCCCAGCUCAAGAGGAGGAGGCAUUCGACCUGGGGGACACGCCAUCCCUUCAGGAGUUCCUUGGCGGAGACAUUAUUAGUACUGGGGACGACCUUACUGGAGACAGUCUACUGGAGGAAGUGAGUGAUGUUUAUUAUGAUGAGACCGCAGGUGAUGAUGGGAAGGAAUUGGAAUAGACCAAUCAAGUAAGCUGCUAGUUCAUGGUAUAGAUUACGUGUCCAAAUGACGCGUUGGAAUGAAAUUUGAAGUUGAACCUGGUAACUGUGACUGGUAGAAUUCAUGUCAAAGUAUUCAAGUUUUCAAUCAUUUAGUUGUAUUCACAUAUAGCCACAACAUAUUAACUGUCUGUUAACAAUAAAACUUUAUUGUAGCAUAUUUUGUAUUCUGGCAAAAUAAAGAAAGGUGGACUAAGGGGCUGUUUAUAUGGUCCCGCUUACCCGGGAUUCAAUGAAGUGUGAAGCAUUUUGAGCAAUUGAAAUAAGUCGCACUUCAUCAUCUAACUGACAAAAUUGGUUGUUACAAAUUUUAUGAAAUUCCAUGUUUUAGACAAAAGACAAAUGUUGUUGAAUGCUAUUAAUCGUCUUCUUUCACUACAUAACUUCUAGCGCGUUCCUAAUUUCGUUUAAACAAUAUUUAAAGUUAUCUAACUUUUGUUUAGGGCUGAAAAGUGUAUUUCAAUUGCUCAAAAUACAUCACACUUCAUUGAAUCCCGGGUAAGCGGGACCAUAUAAACAGCCCCUUAAUGAAAUAUUUUUUGUGAUUUGAGCAAAGUCAACCGUCCAAAAACAAUGGACCUUUAACCUUAUAACUAAAAUUUUGAUCUAGACAAAAAUUUCAUCACAGCUUGAAAGAGCAUCACAAAAUUAGUAAUAUUCCAAAGUUUCGUUACGAAAUGUUGUAAAAUGCGGAUAAUAUAGCCUUGCGAAGUUUGCAAUUUUCAGUCAUUUUAGAUAAUCGGGUGUUUGGGUAUCAAUUUCCCGUUUGUAAUCUAAAAUGACUGAAAAUUGCAAACUUCGCAAGGGCUAUAUUAUCCGCAUUUUACAACAUUUCGCAACGAAACUUUGGAAUAUUACUAAUUUUGUGAUGCUCUUUCAAGCUGUGAUGAAAUUUUUGUCUAGACUUGUCUAGAUCAAAAUUUUAGUUAUAAGGUUAAAGGUCCAUUGCAGUUCCAUUAUGGCUAUAUGUAAAACACAAAUGAGUGAUUGGAGACUGUGAGAUGCCUAUUUUAAAUGUUCCACAGUCUCGGUUACAUGUUAUGAUUGCAAAUAUUAUCCUCAGAAGCGUAAUUUGAAGAUGCAUGAACCGUUCAGAAUUUAUCUAUCGACUUUGUUACGUAACAUUGAGAAAAAACGAUUUAAGUUUUCAAGUCUUUUGUAAUAUUUAAGUAUUUAUUCUAGACGUUUUCAAAAAGCAAAUAACUUAUAUAAUUUCUAUAUGAAACAUGGCUUAUUAUUUCAAAACAUUCUUAAGACACAAAGCAAUCCGAUUUACAUAUAUAUAUAUACGACAUAGUAUUUCAUUUCUAUUUUUUUUUUGUGAAACCUUGUUCUACACAUUAGCAUAAAUUAUUAAAAUAUAAUUACUUGUGCACACUGUUGGAAAUUGGUUUAAUAAGCUAGACAAUAGGAAUAGCAUUCUGUUUUCUAAUAAAAGGCAAAUGUUUAUACUUUAUCUCAAAUAUGGCAAUCCAGUUGUACAGGUGUCAACAAAUCCGUUAAUCUUCUCCCUUGUUUUAUGUUUCUAAAAUACGGCCAUAGUUGUAUCCUUUCUAUUACCACCACCACCCCCCCCCCGGAGAUAUUAGGGAGUUUAAGCUUCACGUUUCCGGGAACGGCAGGUUCGAACUUUCUUGGCAAAAUUUUCGUUGAACGUUUUCGUUUCCUAUUUUCUUUCUUGCGUCGAAAGAAUAACUAUGUAUUUCAGUUUUAAAACAGCAAGUUCAUUUCCUCUUUAUCGUCUGAUACCGUAAAAUUUUCUUUGCCUGGCGUUUGCCGUUUGACGUAUAACGCGAAGCUUAAACUCUCUAUUAUUCUAUUACUCCAUCCC